AUGCCUAAAUUAAGAGCUGCACCAUCUAAACGUGUGUCAUCUAAAAAGCGUCACAAAAUCGAGCGCAAAAAGCGAGAACACAAGCGUGAUCUGCGGAAAGCAGCCAAGGGACUCAAGAAGAAGGGUCUUGGUCCUAAUAGAAACAAAAAAUCGCAUGAACUGGCUAAACUAGCUCUUAAAGUCUCGAAUGUGCAUCCCGAUAAGGAAGCUAUUCUAAACCAAGUUUUAAAAGCUCGGGAGAAUCUUCGUGUUAUGAAAAAAGAGCGGCGAAAAGCAAGCAAUGAGGAUUGCAAUCAACCGCAGGCCAUUGACACUGGUGCAAAACCGAGUAACCGUCGAGAAGUUUUAUUUAUACCAACAGCAAAAUCAAAUGACUUUAAGUUUCAGUUCCUGAGAUCCUUAUCAAGUUUAGUUUUUCCUUCAAGUUAUAAUGGUAAUAUUGAAUGCAGUUCUUUCGAGGUCCCUUCUGCAGCGUAUAUCAUUACACUGGACUCACGUUUCUCUGUACAGGCAGUUCCGUGGACACUUAUUGAUUCAAUUAUUGCUGCUGCUAACUCAUACAGAGGUGGGCGAAAAGUAUUGAUUUUAUUUGUAUUAACAAAAACCGAUCUUGUUUCGUCUCAGGCUAUUGUAACUCAGGUAUGCCUACUAGCCACUUCAUUGAAGGCAAGGUAUCCUCAAGGAUUUGGUAAUAAUCUUGUAUGGACAAUUACGCCUUUUUCUGUUCGUGACGAGCGAACUGGACGACACCUUCUUCGUAUUCUCUAUCAAUUUCGUCAGAGUGAGGGGUGUUGUUCAAAGAAAAUGAGAUCGAACUUGGAUAACAAGAUAUGCACUUUUGUCAUUGGGUUCCCAUGUACAGGUCGACGAAGUCUUUGCCGCGCUCUUGCAAGCGAAGGAAACGCUACAAGUGUCAGUGUGGUUCCUAUGAAGGCUGCGCAACUGCAGACAACCAAAUCGUAUUCAGAUGAUGUUAAGGAUGACUUGCAUAUAAAGUUUGCCUUUCCUAACGCAAAGGCGGUAACUUUGAUUCAGCUUCCAGAGGACAUUAAAGUUCGUAAGGAGUUGCAGAACAUCACUGGUGGUGACGUUUUCUUUCGUCCUGUGGCUUUUAUAGACAAAGUUUCUGAACCAGAGGUCAUUGGCUGCGUCUUGUUUGAAAAUAUCUUAGAUAAGCUAAGUCUUUCUCAGGCGUUUUGCCAGCCCUUGCCCACGUCCUUUCAGAACGCCUCUAGUAGCCACAAGAACGAUUUCAUCGUUGCAAAACGAUUUUUACUUGACUUGGGGCGUACGGUGCGUCAUGUAAAGGGCUUUUAUGUCUCUCCACUAUUUGUGAUGGGAAGUGGAACAAUGGGAAAGUUAUCUAGCAGCUCACUCACCGCUAAUGCAGUUUUCACAUCCGCUCAGGACCGAAGUCGCGACACCCUACUGGAUGCUACAUACAGCAAUGCAACUCCUAACAAGCUUGUUCGGAUUUCUUCUGUCCAGACACGAAUGCAUGGAUCACGCAAAGGGAACCUCAUAGUAAGACGAGUAGACACACACAAUGUUCUUCGCCUAGGAUCUAGAACUUUUAUUCGAGAGCUUUGGCAAGGGAAGUAUGCCCCAUGGGCGGUUAUGCGAUUUCCCGAUAAACAGGCCAUUACACUUGAGCAAGUUAGUGAUGCCUCAGAAAUCUUUAAUAUCGCUCUUUGUGGAGGCCAUAAAAUGGAUUCUGUAGAUGAGUGCAAAGGCGAGAAACAUUUGAAUGGUCUUAUCCAAGAGCUGUCGAAGAUUUUAAAGGAUAUACUGCCCUUCCUGCCGAAUAUUGUCAUUGAGAUGGACCCUAAUUGUAUUCUGCCGCCUCAAUAUGAUUUAGAUGAGGACUCUUACGAUGAGGAGGAAGAAAGUGAAUAUUUAAAAGACAGAAAAGAAGGAGCUUGUAAUGAUUCAGCAUCCGAAACGGAUGGGGAUACCGACGCAAGUGAAUAA